ACGGCCUGGGAGCAUCUCCGACCUACCUUUGAAGUCAUCGACAUACACGACACUAACAAGGACAAUGACCAAGUUGAACGUCAUCCUCAGCUUCGCCGCCGUCGCCGUGGCGCUAACCACCUUCAACGAUGUCAAUGCUGCCAGUCUCCGUAACCCCGACACUACUGAGCGUUUCCUGUCCAGCUACGAUGCCAGUACCAGCGACAGUGCCGACGGUGAGCGCUUCUUGUUCGAGAUGGAGGGCAGCGAGGGAUCGGAUGCCGAAGGCAGUGAGAGUUUGGCAGGAGACCGCUUCCUACUCGAGAUUGUCGAAGGAAGUGACAGUACUGUCGACGAUGAAGGAAGCGACAGCGAGCGUUUCCUGCAGGAGGUCGACAGUAGCGAGAGUGCCGCUGAUGAUGAAGGCAGCGAGGGCUUUGCCGGUGAGCGGUUCUUGGCUGAAAUGGAAGGGAGCGAUAGUACUGAGGGUAGCGAGAGUGUCGACGGUAACCGGUUCCUCCUGGAAGUUGACAGCAGUGGGGGUUCUGUCGAUGAUGAGGGCAGUGACAGCGUCGACGGUGAAAGAUUCCUGGAGGAAGUAGCUGGCAGCGAGAGUGCCGACACCGCCACCAGUACGGACGGCGAACGUUUCCUAGAGGAGGUUGACAGCAGUGACAGUGCCUCCGACGACGAGAGCAGCAGCGAUAGCGAUGAUGAGCGCUUCCUUGCUGAGGUUGACAGUGUUGAAAGCAGUGAGAGCGGAAGCGCAUAAGCUCUAGUAGUCCGGGAUCGAAUGUCGGUGCUAGCAAUAAGCAUAAUACAAUUAAAUACAGCUUAAACAGAUCAAAGUACUUUGC